GCAAAAAAUUUAAAAAACGAGUCUCGGUCGUUCCGCGCUCUUUGCGGUGGAAGUCUCUCAAGUUGUCACUCUAGGACUGUUGUUCGUCGUCGUUGCUGAGGCCGUUCUCGCCGGGACGCGUCCGGAAGUGGAGGAUUCGGAUUGUGAAUCGCGUGUGAUCGGAACUCAUCGAGGGAAGUGAGGAUUCUUGGUGUGGUGGUGCUGCUGGUGAAGGAGAGAGAGAGGGAGAGGGAGAUUCCUCCUGGAAACAGGAACGGCUAGAUGGCAGUCAGUACUCUCAACAUGGCACCCUACUUCACUGGAUAUCCUUUUCAAGGACAGGGUCGCGUGAACCAGCUGGGCGGCGUGUUCAUCAACGGCCGUCCAUUACCGAACCAUAUCCGUCUGAAGAUCGUCGAGAUGGCAGCGGCCGGCGUCAGACCGUGCGUCAUAUCGAGGCAGCUGAGGGUCUCCCAUGGUUGUGUCUCGAAGAUCCUGAAUCGGUAUCAGGAAACGGGAUCGAUUAGACCUGGCGUAAUCGGUGGCAGCAAACCGCGAGUCGCCACGCCGGAAGUCGAGGCGAGGAUCGAGGAUCUGAAGCGGCAGAAUCCCGGAAUCUUCAGCUGGGAAAUACGCGAUAAACUGAUAAAGGAUGGAGUCUGCGACAAAGCGUCGGCACCCUCGGUGUCCAGUAUCACAAGACUUUUGCGUGGACCAGCGAAUCAGACCCGUCCUGGCGAAGACCCACGGAGGGGGAACCACUCCAUCGACGGUAUCCUCGCUGGUGGUAGUAGUGGCGAUGACUCCGACACAGAGAGCGAACCUGGCAUUGCGCUGAAAAGGAAGCAACGCAGGAGCAGGACUACCUUCACCGGCGAACAAUUGGAACAGCUAGAAGCGGCUUUUUCACGUACGCAAUAUCCCGAUGUGUACACUCGAGAGGAACUCGCACAAAAAACGAAACUGACGGAGGCGCGGGUGCAAGUCUGGUUCAGCAACAGGCGCGCACGACUUCGCAAACAGAUGAACAGCCAGCAACUGAACGCCUUCAACACCAUGACUCUGCAAUCCUUCCAGACUCAGCAUUACGGCAGCGGUGCCGAGAGCUACCAAAGUUACGGGCAGGCGAGCGUCGCUGCCGCUGCGGCCACCACUGCCGGCUACUCUCAACAUUACAAUUAUGGGGAGAACUAUUACGCAGCGCAACAGCAGUGGCACCGAGCGACCCCGGAGAAUUACGGAUUGUUCAACGCUUCCCAUUACGGCAGCAGCAACCUUGCUUCCAAUCUGACAUCCACUAAUCUCAACCUGGGUAAUCUGGGUGGCAGCGUCAGCCCGACUACGUCCAACAUGAGCGCUUGCAUGGUGCAGAAUGGUGCGUCCACCUCCGGGGUGCCAGUCUCGACAGGGAUGACCCAUGUCACGCCCCAUGUCACGCCGCACAGUCCGAGUGAGGCGAAGAGCGGAUAUCCAUACUUGGGUAGUAUCGAUUCGCAGGUUUGCGGGAGAGUGCAUUGAACGAACUUUGUUGUGAAGAACAACGUUGUGAAGAUCGAUUACAUGCAAUCACAAAGUACGUCCUAAAAAUUUAAAAAGUUGUUUCUUUUUAAAUCUUGUUAUUGUUAUCUAUGGUUUCCAAAAGUUGACACUAAAUUGGAUGAGGAAAUAUUUAUUCUUAUCCUGGAACGAUUUGUGCUUAAGGAUUUUCUUUCUUUAGCUUUUAAGUUGUUGAAUUAGUUUUCAUUACGUCUCUCUCAUUACGUUGAUGCAUUCGUUAGCAAAUUUGAAGUUUGACGUAUUCUCCGAAAACGAGAAAUGGUAUGUUCAAAGUGAAAUAUAUCAUAAAUCUCGUUUGUACGUGCAAAGAUAUGAAAUCAUUCGGCGCUGUGCGACAAGUGUCGAUUGAGAUAAAUAUAAAAUGUGUUAUGCAGUAUUUGAAACUUUUCGAGGAUCUUUUUUAUAGAUAUUUAUAGAUAUGUAUAUUUAUAGAUGUAUUUGCGAACAAUAUCCAACCAGAUGUAAAUAUCUCAUAUACAUACACAAAUAUACUCGCUUUAGUUUAUGCUAGCACUUUUAUAGAUAAUACUUCUCUCCACAGAAUGAAACUAUUACAUAAUUUAUGAUAAUAUAAACGUUAGGAAUCGUGCAUAUAUACAUAGAUGUACACGCAUAAAUUUCUAACUAUCGUAAUAACGUAAAGAUUUAUUCGUUAUGAUUACAGAGUGAUUAGCACUUACGGGCAAUUAGUACAACGGCAGUGCUUUUUACCGUCUUAGAAUUGCCUUAUUAUAGUAACGACAUGAUAUAAAUACGAUCUAUAAAUGUAUAUUUGCGGAUAUAGCUAGGUUGAGAGUCUAUUUUACGGAUGAGGCUGUACAUAUUUAUAUGUUAAUAAUAGUUGUGAAUCGUAGAGAAGUUCUUUGCAAAAAUGUUUUCCUAUCACGAUCGACGUUGUGUAUUUUUACCCAACAAAUCGUCUAAUUGGCCAGUUACGUAUAAUUAUUGUAUAUAUAACACGCAUAGCGCUCCGUCAACAUCUGACUUGUAUAAUGCAAGAUUAUAUAAUAAAUGCAUUUUACGGAGAA